AUGAUUACCAGAUGCAAUGGAGGGUCCUAUCCCAGUAUCAGCGUUAAUACAUGCAGCUACAUUAGUUAUAUGUGGUAUUGUAUUAAUGAGUUUCUUAUUUUGAUGUUAUGA